GAGAUACAUGACCAUCACCACCAGAAUGUCUAGAAGAGCCGGACGAACCAGUGGAGAAAACACAUCAACUGCUUCCUCGCUCAAACGUCAGAGGGUUAGAUAUAUUUUAUAUACAGGAAACUACAUCUUAAGCGGAUUGAUGAAAAAUGAUUGGACACGGUUUUCAUCUGGUGAUUGUUUGUCUGUUGGUGACGUCAUCACAUCAAACAGAGUUCGACCAACUAAUAAGGUCUGUUUCAAACAACUGUGGGAAUCUGCUACAGGCGUAUCGGGCAAAUGUGUCUGGCUGUCAGGGUUUUAGAAGUAUUCAAUCAAAGCUGUCACAACCAUUUUGUACCAGUGGGGACAUUAACAAACUCGAGGAAGUCUUGUGUGGUACAGGCAGUAGCCUGCCAGGUAGUGGCACCAACACAGGUGGUGUGACGUCAGCAGGUGUCCCAGUUCACCACUCCAGCCCAGCCAGUGCCGUAGUCAAGGAGACACCGGAUGUGACGUCACCUACUGAUACAACUGCUGAUGUCGGUCCUGCUCUACCGGUCAACGAGACAGACUUACAAAAAACUUUUCGAGAACUGGGGGAUGAGAUAACGUCGCCUAUGUGUAAGGCUGUUUUAAACAACCGAGCGAAUGUUCUGACCAGCUUCAGUGAAGCGUGCUGCAUGUUGAUAUCCUUCCAGACCACCCUGGUGCCAGGACUGUGUACACAACUCGAGUACGACAGGGCGCAUGACGUCCUGUGUGUCAACGUGACACGUCAAGGUAAUGAACCAACAGAUCACGUGACAGAUAGUUCUGACAACCUGACAACAGACAAAUGUGCCAAAACUACAUCAACAGACGUGACUGGUACGACAACAUCCACUGACGUAACUGACAACACAACAUCAAAAGAUUUUGCAGGCACGACAACAUCAAUUGACACUACCUCCAAGACAACUUUAACAACCACCCCUGUAGCGACAACACCAACAAGCACAACAUCACCUGACCCAGCUUCAUCCACCACCGCCCCACCAAGAGCCAACAUCUUCCCACUGAAACUUCGACUCCUUUUCUCGGUCGUUACACACGAUGAUGUAAAGGAGCAGCUUGAAGUGUUGGUCAACUAAGAUACAAAUCUCAAACUUCCUAGCAAGAGAAGAUUUGAAAAUUUUUCAUCGAUUCCUUAUAUCAUCCGCUUUGCUUCAUAAUGUGUAAUACAAUUGUCGUGAGCUAAACAUAUUUUCUACACAGCCUUAACCCAAUCUAAACACAAUUUCUUCAUUUAUUUUCUAAAAUACGUUAUAUUAUAAUUCAUUUCAUGAAUAUUUUUACAUUAUAAACAGAUUUUAUUUUAAAAUACAUUUUUGAUAUAAUGAUUUGAUCUUUCGAUUUGAUAUAAAGAUUUGAUAUAAAAAGUUGAUGUAAUCAUUUGAUGUAUUCAUUUGAUAUCAUGUUUACGUAUCUGUAAUGUUAUAUAAAGCCGGUAUUUCAAGCUGGACUAACAGCUGCCAUGUUGAAAUAUCUGUAUAGCAAAAGAUUAUUUAUCUUGUGGUAUAAUUAGUUUGUACUAUUUUUAGUAAUUACAAUAUUUGUAAAAGUCAUUACAGACAUUGAAAUUGUUAAUACAAAAUCUGGUAUUAUGGUGUUGUCUUUUAGAACACUUGUGUAUAUACACACAGUAUGUAGUGGAGUUUUUAAAAAAGGAUCUGUGUUUAUGUUUUUGCGUGGUGAUAAUAAAUACUUUUAUAGAAGCACAUAUUUCCCAUAUUUUUUUAUUUUGCAGAACCAUAAUAAUCGUAUCAUAAUAUUGUAUAUGUAGGACAAUAAAACAAUGAUACUUCAAAACACAAUCAAACAAAA